GACUAUGUAACCCCGCCCUAACGGGUCUCAACUAGGUCCUUUUAGCGACUGUAAAACCUUAAUCUCUGAAGACACGGGUUCAUUCAUUCGUCUUUCGAUUGCGCUCUAGCAUUGAAUACUGAAAUCAUGUCCGGAAGAGGCAAAGGCGGUAAAGGACUCGGAAAAGGAGGCGCUAAGCGUCACCGCAAAGUUCUCCGUGAUAAUAUCCAGGGAAUCACCAAACCCGCUAUCCGUCGUCUCGCCCGCCGUGGCGGUGUGAAGCGUAUCUCUGGUCUGAUCUACGAGGAGACUCGCGGAGUGUUGAAGGUGUUCCUGGAGAACGUCAUUCGUGAUGCCGUCACCUACACCGAGCACGCCAAGAGAAAGACCGUGACCGCCAUGGAUGUUGUGUACGCGCUGAAGAGACAGGGACGCACUCUGUACGGCUUCGGCGGUUAAACAUCUGCGCGCUUCCCUAAAAAUCCCACGGCUCUUUUAAGAGCCACCCACACUUUCACAAAAAGAGCACAAUAAUAGAAACUAGUUGGGAAGUUUUGUUUUAUUAGCACCGUGGCCUCAA